AUGGCGACGCCCAAUUCUGUCAAUGAAUCUGUCAUUCAGGUUAUGUCCGACGUUAUUCGGGACCAUCAUUUUGACGUUAUAUGUGUUAUACUCAUCUACCUUCGAAGCAUGAAAAGCGGUCGAAGAGGCUUUUCAACCGAUAUUCGGAGGCGCUAUUCAUUUAAUCGUCGGAUUCCACAACAGGUUCGCUACAUUAACCGACUACUUCGUGUGAGUGAUGUGGCUUGUUUGGAAAAUUUGCGGUUGGAUAGAAACGCAUUUGGGAGGCUAUGUAUCAUGCUUCGGCAGAUAGGCGAUGUAGUCGACGGGUAUACAGUGUCAAAGUAUGUCCAUGCUGUGUUAAAGGCUGUGCUGAAGCUUCACAGAACGUUUUGGGUUGUUCCUGAACCUGUGGCUGACGACUGUAAAGAUCAUCGGUGGAAAUGGUUCAAGGGUUGUGUAGGAGCACUUGAUGGCACAUACAUAAACGUACAAGUACCGAACGGUGACAAGCCUCGAUAUCGAUCUCGAAAGGGACAGAUUUGCACUAACACCCUUGCUGCUUGUGAUCGUAACAUGAGGUUCGUUUACGUUCUAGCCGGAUGGGGGGGCUCUGCCGGUGAUGCUCGUGUGCUACGUGAUGCCGUUAAUCGGGAGAAUGGUUUCCGAGUACCUAUUGGAAAUUACUAUCUUUGCGAUAAUGGAUAUGCAAACUGCGAAGGGUUCCUAACUCCAUACAAAAGUGUCCGAUAUCAUCCACGAGAAAUUUUCAACAUGCGUCAUACAAGGGCUCGUAAUGUCAUCGAACGUGCAUUUGCCGUUUUGAAAAUGCGAUGGGGGAUUUUGAGGAGUGCUUCCUACUAUCCGAUGACAAUCCAAACUCAACUCAUUUUAGCAUGUUUCUUGCUACAUAACUACGCUAGAUCUUCUAUGCCAGUGGAUCCACUGGAACUUCUUGAGGAUGAAGAAGACGAUGAUAUAGUCACUGAAGUUGAAUCGCAGAAUGUUCAAGGGAACUACAUAGAAUCCGUUGAACCCUCUAAUGCUUGGACACAUAUGCGGGAUAACUUGGCGGGGUCCAUGUGGGAUGAAACCAGCGCGAGAAGCUCUGGAGAUGUUGUUCGAGCAUGUAGCGUUGUGGCCUGA